AUGGAUGAAUUCAGAUGGAUUCAAAUGUUUUUAUGUCUGAUGCUGAUGAAUCAGAUUGCAGAUGACCAGAAUAACUGUGAUGGUACUACGUGGAUCUUUACUUCAAGAAACAAACCAAAAGCAGCAGAGCUGAUCACACUUGGACAGAUUAGUAAAGAAGCCAAAAAUCAAUCAGACAGACUGAAUGUUACAGUGAACUGUUCUCUGGUUAUAAAGAAGCUCAGAGUUGAGGAUGUUGGUCGUUAUUACUGUCAACAAUACAAAGUAGGACAAACUCCACACACUCUGGUUCAUCAGUCUGUGGUUCUUCUCUCUGUUAUUAUCUUGACUGAACACAAGGACACUAAUAAGGUGACAUUAAACUGCUCUGUGCUGACUUAUGAAGAGUGUCAUCACACAGUGAAGUGGCUGCUUAAAGGUCGACAUCUGGACAAAGAUAACAAUCAAAUGAUGACCUCACAGACUGGCUGCUCCACCUCUGUGACUUUUCUGGAUUCUCACUAUUUAUACUCAUCAAGAUAUAACACAGUGAAGUGUGAAGUGACUGAUACUGAGACAGGAAGAGUGCAGCUGUUUACCUUCAGCCCUCAGACCUCAGGCGAGGAAACAGAUAUCCACUGGUACAUCAUUGCAGCUGUGGGUUCAGUCUCACUCUUGAUAAUAGUUGUGAUUUUUGUCGGCUGGAAGAGAAAUAAAGGUGGAUCCGGAAGUUUCCUACGCUACCAUCAGUUUCACCAGGACCCCCCGCAGAGCCCGGGUAAGCUGUAG